AUGGCAGAAAAGACAUACUGGGAAUCCCUCUCCGAGAAAGAUAGACAAGAUUCGGUAAACAAGGAUGUAUCAAGAGCCUUGGGCGAUAAAAUCGGCUGGGCAUACACAGGGGUUCUAAAGCAGAAAUGGAACGAUGAGGUGUUACCUGCAAUCUUGCUCAUCAUCAAUAACAAGGAAAACUAUGAGAAGGUUUUUCGCAAGAGCAAUACUCGAGUGACAAGAUAUUGUGCAUUGUACAUGGUUGGUGAGGCACAACAAGAUCCGAAUGAUAAACCUUGGGAGUGCGCACAACCUACUAUCGUCACUUUCCACCCCAAAUUGAGAAUUGCGCGGAAGCUUUGUAAGCUCCUUAAGCAGAACGAGUGCCUAAAAAAGUUGAAUCUUGGCUUCGGCUUCACGUUCUUCGAAGACCAAAAAAUUGUGCUUACCGCCGGAAAUGAUGAAUGGUAUAACACAUUAUUUCAGCAAGAGAUUCUUUGCGGCCUGCCUUUCUGGACGCCUUGUUUGCCCCAAACACCAUCUUCAAUAUAUCAGCGAGCCACCAUUAGUGGUGUUAUUCUCGUCAAUAACGUACCCUUUCUUCUCACUGCGGCGCACGUUUUUUAUCCUGGUCACUCUGACAAUGGAGACGACGCCGGCAAUGACGACGAGGAUGACGACGACGACGACGACUCAACUGCGUCAAAUCUAUAUACGGAUGGUUCCAGUGCAAGAAACACUCCACGGUCAGUCGAAUCGUCCGAUAUCACCCCAUUGUUUCGUGAUCACAUCUUGGACCAUCUUAGGGACAAGGACGUGUACAUUUUCCGAAAACCAGAAGAUUCCCAUACUGACGACCACCCUGUAAGCUCUGAGUCCGCCUCUUCAGACCCUAGUGCCUUCAAAAGAUUUGGUUAUCUCAGUCAACAGUUGAUUCAACUAGACAUAGGUCUUGUCAUCUGCUCUGACCUGGACUGGGCUCUCGUCACUCCAGACUCUUGGAAAACCUUGAAACCUAACAAGGUCAAGUCUCCUGCUGGAAACAUCGUCAGUGUUGAUUCCAUAGCAUACAAUCCACCUGACGGCUCAGCUAUUGUUGUUGUUGCCGGUACAAGUGGCGUUUUCGAGACACAAGCUUCAGGACGCGUCAAUGGAAUCAUUCUCCCUGGGUCAACGCAUAUGCAAGAAAUUUGGACGAUAGAUACAUGCUGCCGUACGCUUUACUCUCUACCCUGCUGUUUCGGAUGA